ACAACAAUCAACGCAAAGAGCAGCCACACAGCGCACACACAAACAAAUUCUAUCAAGAAAAAAAAGGAAAAAGAUAGAAAAUAACAAGAAAGACAAGAAAUUAAUUUCGAUUGCCAAAUCAGUCCUGCAGGGUACACGCUUCAAGUGUUUUACCGGCCGCCUCUGAAGGAUUCAUUAUUUACAAACACCAAACGAACGAACGAAUUAACGAACGCAUUUGUGCCUCAGUGUGUGCGUGUGUGGGUCCAGUGAAGCGCGGCCUUUAUUUUUGACACUCUAACCUGGCCCCCCAGCAAAGCUACUACUACCCGAACCAACAGAAAAGUGUGCACGAAUUUGUGACGCCAGCGUUGCCCCAUCGUUGCAAAUUGUGAAUUAAAGCGCAAACAAAGUCUUAAGGGAAACAGACGUAAAUAAUAAGAGAGAAAAAAACAAGAAACACGAGCGAAACGCGUGCAAUGUUCAUUGCGGCAGCUUCAUGGAGCUUUGCUGCUUCAUGGCGACUGCUGUGCAUCGGUUUGCUGGCGCUGCUAAUGCUGCUGCCGCUGUUGCAGUUCGCCGAAGUGGAAGCAGCCAGCGGCAGAGGCGCUGGCGGUCUGGGCAAUCAGGCCGUCUUUACUAGCUCCUUCCUGGUGCGCUUCCGUCGGGGCGUUGACAAUGAUUUCGCCCACAAGGUGGCCGAUAAGUAUGGCUUCGACAAUCUGGGACCGCUGGUAGGCGCCGAUGGACAUGAGUUCCAUUUCAAGCACAGGACCUUGCCACACGCCCGUUCCCGUCGCAGCCUGACGCACACGCGUGCCCUCAAGAGCCAUCCCUCGGUGCAUACGGCCGUGCAACAGCCGGGUUUCAAGCGUGUCAAGCGUGGACUGCGACCUGCAAUACCCGCCAUUCAUGGCCUGCAUUAUGCGGCCACACUGAGCGAAUCGAAUGCCAUUGAUGUGGAGCCAACGGAUCCGUACUUUCCAAUGCAAUGGUAUCUGAAGAACACCGGACAGAAUGGUGGUAAGGUGCGCCUCGAUCUCAACGUGCAGGCAGCCUGGGCCCAGGGUAUCACUGGCAAGAACGUGACCACAGCCAUCAUGGAUGACGGAGUGGACUACAUGCAUCCGGACUUGAAAUUCAAUUAUAACGCCGAAGCCAGCUAUGACUUUAGCAGCAAUGAUGCAUUCCCUUAUCCCCGCUACACGGAUGAUUGGUUCAACAGUCAUGGAACUCGGUGCGCCGGCGAAGUGGCUGCUGCCAGAGAUAAUGGAAUUUGCGGCGUGGGCGUUGCUUAUGACAGUAAAAUCGCAGGCAUACGCAUGCUGGAUCAGCCCUAUAUGACCGACCUAAUCGAAGCCAACUCAAUGGGUCAUGAGCCCCAUAAAAUACAUAUAUACAGCGCCUCCUGGGGUCCCACCGACGAUGGCAAAACAGUGGAUGGACCGCGCAAUGCCACCAUGCGCGCCAUCGUACAGGGUGUCAAUGAGGGACGCAAUGGUUUGGGCAACAUCUAUGUGUGGGCCUCUGGCGAUGGCGGCGAGGAGGAUGACUGCAACUGCGAUGGCUAUGCAGCCUCCAUGUGGACUAUUUCGAUAAACAGCGCCAUCAACGAUGGCCAGAACGCCCACUACGAUGAAAGCUGCAGCUCAACGCUAGCAUCCACAUUCAGCAACGGUGCCAAGGAUCCCAACACUGGCGUUGCCACCACCGACCUCUAUGGCAAGUGUACGACAACCCAUUCGGGCACCAGUGCCGCAGCGCCCGAAGCAGCUGGCGUCUUUGCGCUGGCCUUAGAAGCGAAUCCGCAGCUGACUUGGCGAGACAUUCAGCAUCUGACUGUGCUGACAUCAAAGCGUAAUUCGCUGUUCGAUGCCAAGAGUCGUUUCUAUUGGACCAUGAAUGGCGUUGGGCUGGAGUUCAAUCACCUCUUUGGGUUCGGUGUGCUCGAUGCGGGUGCCAUGGUGACCCUGGCCAAGCAGUGGCACUCGGUGCCAGCACGCUAUCACUGUGAGGCCGGCGAGAUUAACAGGGCUCAGCCAAUUAUAACGGGUCGCUCCCUGUUUUGGGAAAUCAAAACGGAUGCUUGCAAGGGCAGCGACACGGAAGUCAAUUAUUUGGAGCACGUACAGGCGGUCAUCACGGCAAAUGCUUCGAGACGUGGCGACCUGGAGCUGUUUCUCACUUCUCCCAUGGGCACCAAAUCCAUGAUUUUGUCGCGUCGUGCCAAUGAUGAUGAUCAUCGCGACGGUUUCACCAAAUGGCCCUUCAUGACCACACACUCCUGGGGCGAGUAUCCACAGGGCACAUGGAAAUUGGAGGCACGCUUUAAUUCGGCCCAAACGCGACUCGGGCAUUUGGUGGAAUGGUCACUGGUUCUGCAUGGCACCAAGGAGGCACCUUAUCGCACCCUGUCGCCAUCUUCGCCGCACUCAAAGCUGGCCAUCGUUAAGAAGGCGCACGAGGACAAAAAGAUGAAGUAAAAUGUGUCCGUGAGCAACGUCGUCCAUUAGUCAUCUUGGCUUAUAUCAUUGAGUUUAGUAGUAUGAAUUGCAAGAAAUGUGCUGGCUGUGUUUUGUUUUAAAUGGGAUUAAUUGAAAAUUUACAUAUAUUUUAUAGAAUUGAGUUCUUAAUUUGAUGUCUACGUUUCUUAAGCGUUUUUACAAUUGAAAAUUGAUGGAGCUCAAAGCUCAAAUGGUCUUCAAUUGCAUUAUAUUCAAACAUUUUUCUUAGUUAAUUAAUUCGAUGAGCUUUUACCAGACCAGAAUACGCUGAAUGUUUUUCUUAAGUUGACGAGAUAACAAUUUGUGGAAUUUUUCAAGCGCACAUUAUUCUUAUAUCGACUGCAAAUUUUGUUCAUACCCACAAAUUCGAAAAAAAUAGUGUUGAAUCCUAGCAAAGAAAACAAAACAAAACAAAAGAAAAACCCGUAGAAACUAUCAAAGAUAAGCAGCAAAAAUCAUUUGAAAACAGGUAUAGCAUACGUGUAUUACUGUAGUAGUAUUUGAGCGACAGAGCGAGGGAAUCAUUGAGUACACAAAUCUUAUCUCUCUUAUACAAUUAAAAUGUCUUGUAAAUGUACUAUAUCUAACUAU